GCGGGACAGACGAGCGGGAGGGGCAGCGUGCGGGGAGCUGGGGGCGGGGCGCGGCUGCAGCUCCGUUUCCGGUGGCUUGUCGCGCUCGCUCACUCCAGCUGCAGCCACUCUUGCCCGUGGCUGCUUCCUCCAUCCUGGUAUUUUUUGGAGCCUCCAUCCUGGUUCUUCCAAAGUGCCCGGACCCAAAACAGGAAAGUGUUGCAGAGAUAGGAACAUGGGAGAGAAACAGUCUGGAUAACAUGAAAGUGAUGCUGGUGGCUAAGGGAAGGCAACUUGAUUCUGUGGGAAGGGCUGUAGCUGAUCCAUCCGUUGUCUAGAUUUGAGUAUGAGCACAGUGGAAGAGGAUUCUGACACAGUAACAGUAGAAACUGUGAAUUCUGUGACUUUGACUCAGGACACAGAAGGGAAUCUCAUUCUUCACUGCCCUCAGAAUGAAGCGGAUGAAAUAGACUCAGAAGAUAGUAUUGAACCUCCACAUAAGAGGCUUUGUUUGUCCUCUGAGGAUGAUCAGAGUAUUGAUGAUUCUACUCCUUGCAUAUCAGUUGUUGCACUUCCACUUUCAGAAAAUGAUCAGAGCUUUGAGGUGACCAUGACUGCGACCACAGAGGUAGCAGAUGAUGAGGUUACUGAGGGGACUGUGACACAGAUCCAGAUUUUGCAGAAUGAGCAACUAGAUGAAAUAUCUCCCUUGGGUAAUGAGGAAGUUUCAGCAGUUAGCCAAGCAUGGUUUACAACUAAAGAAGAUAAGGAUUCUCUGACUAAUAAAGGGCAUAAAUGGAAGCAGGGGAUGUGGUCCAAGGAAGAAAUUGAUAUUUUGAUGAACAAUAUUGAACGCUAUCUAAAGGCACGCGGAAUAAAAGAUGCUACAGAAAUCAUCUUUGAGAUGUCAAAAGACGAAAGAAAAGAUUUCUACAGGACUAUAGCAUGGGGUCUGAACCGGCCUUUGUUUGCAGUUUAUAGAAGAGUGCUUCGCAUGUAUGAUGACAGAAACCAUGUGGGAAAAUAUACACCUGAAGAAAUUGAGAAGCUCAAGGAGCUCCGGAUAAAGCAUGGCAAUGACUGGGCAACAAUAGGGGCGGCGCUAGGAAGAAGUGCAUCUUCUGUCAAAGAUCGGUGCCGACUGAUGAAGGAUACUUGCAACACAGGGAAGUGGACAGAAGAAGAAGAAAAGAGACUCGCAGAAGUGGUUCAUGAGUUGACAAGCACUGAGCCAGGUGACAUAGUCACACAGGGUGUAUCUUGGGCAGCUGUGGCUGAACGAGUGGGUACCCGCUCAGAAAAGCAAUGUCGUUCUAAAUGGCUCAACUACCUGAAUUGGAAACAGAGUGGAGGUACUGAAUGGACCAAGGAAGAUGAAAUCAAUCUCAUCCUCAGGAUAGCAGAACUUGAUGUAGCUGAUGAAAAUGACAUUAACUGGGAUCUGUUAGCUGAGGGAUGGAGUAGUGUCCGUUCACCACAAUGGCUACGAAGUAAAUGGUGGACCAUCAAAAGGCAAAUUGCAAACCAUAAGGAUGUUUCGUUCCCUGUCUUAAUAAAAGGUCUUAAACAGUUACAUGAGAACCAAAAAAACAACCCAACGCUUUUGGAGAAUAAAUCAGGAUCUGGAGUUCCAAACAGUAAUACCAAUUCCAGUGUACAGCAUGUUCAGAUAAGAGUUGCCCGCUUGGAAGAUAAUACAGCCAUCUCUUCUAGCCCCAUGGCAGCAUUGCAGAUUCCAGUCCAGAUCACCCAUGUUUCUUCAACAGACUCUCCUGCUGCUACCGUUGACUCAGAAACAAUAACACUAAACAGUGGAACACUACAGACAUUUGAGAUUCUUCCAUCUUUCCAUCUACAGCCCACUGGCACUCCAGGCACCUACCUACUUCAAACAAGCUCAAGCCAAGGCCUUCCCCUAACUCUGACUGCUAGUCCCACAGUAACCCUGACAGCUGCUGCUCCUGCUUCUCCUGAACAGAUCAUUGUUCAUGCUUUAUCCCCAGAACAUUUGUUGAACACAAGUGAUAAUGUUACAGUGCAGUGUCACACACCAAGAGUCAUCAUUCAGACUGUUGCCACAGAGGACAUCACUUCUUCCAUAUCCCAAGCAGAACUGACAGUAGAUAGUGAUAUUCAGUCAUCUGAUUUUCCUGAGCCUCCAGAUGCCCUAGAAGCAGACACUUUCCCAGAUGAAAUUCAUCACCCUAAGAUGACUGUGGAGCCAUCAUUUAAUGAUGCUCAUGUAUCCAAAUUCAGUGACCAAAAUAGCACAGAACUGAUGAAUAGUGUUAUGGUCAGAACAGAAGAAGAAAUUUCUGACACCGACCUUAAACAAGAGGAAUCACCCUCUGAUUUAGCCAGUGCUUAUGUUACCGAGGGUUUAGAGUCUCCCACUAUAGAAGAACAAGUUGAUCAAACAAUUGAUGAUGAAACAAUACUUAUCGUUCCUUCACCACAUGGCUUUAUCCAGACAUCUGAUGUUAUAGAUGCUGAAUCUGUCUUGCCUUUGACAACACUAACAGAUCCCAUACUCCAACAUCAUCAGGAAGAAUCAAAUAUCAUUGGAUCAUCCUUGGGCAGUCCUGUUUCAGAAGAUUCAAAGGAUGUCGAAGAUUUGGUAAACUGUCAUUAGGAUAAUUCUUAGAAAUAGGCAGUUCAAGCAAAGAAGCCACACUGUUAAUUACAACAUCUUCAAAGAAAUAGGAGCAACCCCUAAGAGGCUUAAUUUACCAAUUUAAAUAGCCACAGUGCUUAAGCCACACAUUGUUGCUGCUAUGACUUCUUACCUCCUUUAAAUACAUCAUCUGAAGUUGAGUUUUAUGACAGUGUGUAGUUGAGUGGAGGCUGGGAGUUUUAAGCAUAAAUCCCUAUGUUUAAUGUUACAUGGCAAUAAGGAACUUCAUUCACUUCAGCCACGAAGAAAAGUUUAGAAUCACGAAAGCUUAACUGCUGUGGUUUAAAAUACAGUUUCUCUAAAGAUCAGACAUGGCACUGUCUCCUUUCAAGUAAGCCUGGUUGUAGUUCAGAUAAGUCAUUUCAACAUGAGAGCUUACCAGUGAUCUUCUGAUCUUCAAGAAGACUAAGUUUGAGACUUGACCAGCAUACAAGUACAGAGACCUAGGAGGUGGUCUUGUGGUGGUUACGUUUGAUUAACCCAUUGCUGGCAGUGGGAGCUGAUUUAGGCAGGGUUAACAGGAAAGCAUUAAAAGAGUUAAAAUUCACUACAGGUUUUUUGUUACUUUUAAAGGGAAUAUGGAUAAGCAUAGUAACAAAACCCACCAAAAUCUAAGCAGUUUUCACCCCCUCAGAAACCACUGUCAUUAGUUUACAAAGUUAGCACUUUGAAGUAAAACUAAAUGAGGAAGGAAGUAAUGUUACCUAUCCUUGAUACCGUGACCAUUUAUUACAUGUUUUGCAACAUAAAUUACCCAGAAAAUAGUUUGUCGUCCACUUUGUUAGGUGGUGGGGUACAAUAUAACCUCUCAUCUCAGGCAAUUUUUAAAAAAACAGUAUUUGCUUCUAUAACAAAAGGAAACAAAUCUAAGAGUCAUUCCUAUACUACAGAAGGGUUAAGGCAAAGGUAGCCUUUUGGGCUUUUUAAUGAAUAUGACCCCUAUAGAAAAGUCAAGGAAAAAAAAAACCUUGUAUAAAUUAUUUUAUUUAUUAUUGUAAUUAGAUCUUCACAAAGUUGUCUUUUCACUGUCUGUUUUGUUAACGUGAAAUUAAAUUGUAGUUAUAAGCAAAAGUCGGUUGCCUAGGGAACAACUGUAUAUUCAGUUUAACAGAAAUAAAAGAAUAUUUGUCUUAAAA